AUGACACAGCCUGAUGAUGCUGGCAACAAUCCAGUAAACUACGAUUUGACAGAGCUUACUUCUAUAGGCCUUGCCUUGUUUGAUAUUCGCAACUGGUAUGCUUACUUCUUAAGAUUAGCUGUAGCUGGAAAGCGCAUUACGGCCCACUGCUGGAAUAUGUUGAUUGCUCUCUUGGAUUCGAUGGAAUUGUUUAGUGAAAACGCAAAAAACACUUGUUGCCCAAACUGCAGCGAAAGAUUGCCUCUAAGUAGACAGAAAUCGAAGGGAACUUCCCAAAAUACACCUCUUACCAUAAGACAAAUUGGAAAUAGUUCAGGAGGUUGGGUUUUCAUGCCAAAUGUCAAAGAGGGCAAUUCUAAAAGAAAUACUUCAACUGGAACAAAGGGUCAUAAUCAUCCAGCUGGUGACCAAAUGAGUCAAAACACCACCAAGUCAGUCGAAUCGCCAAAACGUAGCGUCACUUUUUCCAUACCAGUCUCAUCCACGCAGAAUUCCAUCAAAUCCAAAUCCGGCUCAGUGUCCAAUUGGAAGAAGCAGACGACAUCGAAAAAAUGUUGCCCUCAUAAACAGAAAAGUCCGAAAAGCGCCAAAGAAGCCAAAUCAGCAAUCGAAAUAAGCAUUCCUCUUAUAUCUCAACGACCGAAAAGGCAGCGAAAAGAAAAUUAA